UGGCAAAUUGCUACCUUGAAAUCGAGUGUAUUAGGGUGCACUAAUGUCUACGACCAUACCACCCGGAAAACACCGGUUCUACAAGAAAUCGAUCAAAACAUUCCCAAAUUUCACAAAGAGCUACUAACUGUGUGGUACAAAUAUAAAGAACAUAUCGAACGAUCCAAUAUCCCAACACGACUAGCUGACAUAUUAAAUGAACCACUUUUCAAGAACCUCUAAUAACUGAUGGUGAAAACGAAACCUUGAUAUACAAAGACUGGAUAUCCGCUGGCGUAACGCGGAUUGGAGACAUUUGUUACGAGGCUGUGCCAGGAUUUGUUCCACUAAUCGCGAUUCAGGAAAUGCUUCAAGAGAAUGAGCAAAACCCCAACAAACAUAUCGAACAAACAGAACGAGAAUUUGGUAGAAUCAUCAAUGCCAUACCACAGAAUUGGGUAAAUAAAAUAAAUCGAACUCACUCAACCCAAGCUGAGCGAAAACAAACACCCCAAACAAGUUUUCAAACAAUACCCACAGGAUCGGGACAAACAGCGAAGAAUAUCGUCCAACUGAACACUCGAGACUUUUACGAGCAACUACGAAGCGACAAGAAUACAAAGAUACCAGCGCUAGACUACUGGAGACAAAACCUUCAACCACCUCCCACGUUAGACCAACAGCAUUGGAAAACCAUCUACAGCAACCUGAUCACAAACAAACAGGGCGACGUUAACUGGAAAGUAACGCUGAGAAUCCUUCCCACAGCACAGGGAUUGCACAGAAUGAGAGUGUACCAUACAAACUUGUGUCACCAUUGCAACGAAAUAGAAACAAUUGAGCACGUCCUUGUACAAUGUGCUAACGCCACAAGGUUCUGGACAUUCGUCACACCUUACAUAGACACUAUUAGUGAACAGAAGUUACAGCUGACCAACUCAAUGAAACUACUUGGCAUCACAGAGCUACAAAAAGACGGACUAAACCAAGUCAAACGCCAACUGGUAAACUGGUUACUAACAACAGCACGGUGUGCUCUACACAAAUCUGCCGUAGACUAUAGGGUGCGAGCGGAAAUUGUACCGCCUCGAUCACUCUUCGUCGCAGCCGCAAAAAGCCACAUAAUGUACGAAUACAAACGUGCAAUCCAACGACGCCAACUGCAACAAUUUGAAGACCAAUGGUGCACUAACGAGGCGCUCGCAAGAGUUGUAAAUGAAGAACUGUUAAUGAAACUAUGAAGAAAAUCAACACAAAAAACAUUCAGUUAAUUGAAACAAAUGAAAACACGGAAAAACUAAACAUAAACUAGAUUAUGAAAUCAAACAAAUUGUACAAAUGUAAAUAAAGUUAUUAAGAAAAAAAAAAAACAAAAAACCGGUUCUCGUCUGAUCACCGAAGUUAAGCCUGGUCGGGCGAAGUUAGUACUUGGAUGGGUGACCGCCUGGGAAUACUUCGUGUUGUAGACUUUCACUUUUGCUAG